CCAAUGGUGCUUGGCUUUGUUUCUGAAAGUUACUAAUUUGCAGUGAACUUUGCAUGUUCUAUUAUGCAAUUCUUAACUUAUGAUUGGUGAGAAGUAAGGAAGGCUGAAUACUACAUAGUGAGGAUAGGUAGGGAUUGGUUUACUAGAAAAAUGACGAAGAUGUCUUGCCAGUCUUGUGAAUGUCAGCCAUCUAAUACUUCAGUGCUCUCUUAGAAGUCGUAAGAUAACUGCAUUUAAUUUAAAAAAUAUAUAUAUUUUAUGUCUUUUUGUAAUUUGUCCAAAAAAUUAUUUGGUCAGUAUGCUGUGCCUAUGUUUAUAUGUACCAGUGCUGGACACUGUGGAAGGAAAAUUCGAAUAUUUUGAAUCGGGACAGCUGCCUGCUGAACUAAAAUCGUUGUUCAAGCUCAGCCUUUUUAUCCCUUCCCACGAGUUAAUAACCUAUCGUCGAUGGAGAAAGAAAAUUCUAAAAGAUGGUGACAAAGACUUAGAUGGCCAACUUGACUUUGAAGAAUUUGUGCAUUAUUUAAAAGAUCACGAGAAGAAACUCCGGUUGGUUUUCAAAAGCUUAGAUAAAAAAAACGAUGGCAAAAUUGAUGCACAAGAGAUCAUGCAGUCAUUACGUGACCUUGGAGUACAUAUUUCUGAACAGCAGGCAGAAAAGAUUCUGAAACGAAUUUGGAGAGGGCACCUUUGGGGCCCUAUUGCUUACAUGGAUAAAAAUGGAACUAUGACAAUUGACUGGAAUGAAUGGCGAGAUUAUCACCUACUGCAUCCAGCGAAUAACAUUCCUGAAAUAAUUCUCUACUGGAAGCACUCCACAAUAUUUGAUGUUGGUGAGAGUUUAACAAUUCCAGAUGAGUUCACGGAGGAGGAGAAGAAAACUGGAAUGUGGUGGCGACAGCUCGUAGCUGGAGGAGCUGCAGGUGCUGUGUCUAGGACGUGCACUGCCCCACUUGACAGGCUCAAGGUGCUAAUGCAGGUUCACGCAUCCAAAUCCAACCAAAUGGGCAUUGCGGGAGGAUUUCGCCGCAUGAUUAAAGAAGGAGGAUUCCGGUCUCUGUGGCGAGGAAAUGGAAUCAAUGCAAUUAAAAUCGCUCCUGAGUCUGCUCUCAAGUUUAUGGCAUAUGAACAGAUAAAGAGAAUAAUUGGCAGUAACCAACAAACUUUGGGAAUUCAGGAGAGAUUGAUUGCAGGAUCUCUAGCAGGAGUAAUUGCUCAGAGCACAAUCUAUCCAAUGGAGGUAUUAAAGACAAGACUGGCAUUGCGUAAAACUGGACAAUAUUCAGGAAUGCUUCACUGUGCAAAGCAUAUUUUUAAGAAGGAGGGAAUUACUGCAUUCUACAAAGGCUAUGUUCCUAACAUGUUGGGCAUCAUCCCUUAUGCUGGAAUAGACUUGGCUAUAUAUGAGACAUUGAAGAAUUCAUGGCUGCAGCGCUGUGCCACUGACAGUGCUGAUCCUGGGGUCUUCGUUCUCUUGGCUUGCGGCACUGUUUCAAGCACAUGUGGGCAGUUAGCCAGUUACCCUUUGGCACUUGUCAGGACACGAAUGCAGGCUCAAGCUACCACUGAAGGAGCAACUCAACACACAAUGCUUGGACUAUUCAGACACAUUCUGAGCACAGAAGGAGCAUUUGGACUAUACAGAGGCUUAGCUCCAAAUUUCAUGAAAGUUAUUCCUGCUGUGAGCAUUAGCUAUGUGGUGUAUGAAAACUUGAAAAUGACACUCGGAGUCACAUCGCGAUGAUGAGACUUGGAAAACAUGCUUGAAGUCAUUUGAUCUUGGGUGAUCAUCCUGGGAUUUACCAUCUCAUUCUGUGAAUGUCAUAAAACACUAGUGAAAUAACAGCGUACUAGGGAAGAGGCUGAAAAGGACUAUUCCCCAAUAUUUAUUUUCUGAUUAGCAUUUUAUUUUUAUCAGCUGUAAAAUGCUACCUGAAUCCCUCUUGGAGAUUCUUUGUACAGAGUUGGCGUCACUUUGGCUCAUUUGUAGUACUGUGACAUGUUCACAAGUCAUUGGACCACCUUGAUAAUUGCAUCAAAUGUUUGCAGAAACCCUGCUACAAAUUGCUAUUGUUAGUAAUAGAGGGUGUAUGCUUGCAGACCAUAUCUGCUAUUCUGACUUGGAUAACAUACAAAGGAACAUCAUAGGAAUACUUUCAAGUAUUCAUACAUUAAUAUAAUUAUUUAUCAUGUUUAAAGCCUGUGGUGAUGGACUUGAGAAACCAGAUCAGACUUUUUGCUAAAUGUAUUUGGAUCAGUAGAGAUGGAAUUCCCACAGUCAUCAGAUGUAGCAUGGCCUUUGCUUCUGAUUUGGUGUAAUGUUACAACUGGAAAGCUCAGAAGGAUUUUUGUUUGCGUGGUUCUUUAAACUAAAACAAUUGUUCUUUUGUCAAACUUGUGGAUUUCCUCAGUUUCUUGACCAGUUUAAUUAAUUUUGUUAUAGCCUGGUUUUUAUCAUAUAGUGCUGGUGUAAACUGGAUAUUUAUAUUAUUUAUUGUUUACAAGUUUUCAUAAGGCUCAUAAUUUGUCAUAGUGGAGGCUUAUCUUUUAGAUCUUCCACUGAAAUGUUAGGCCUGUACAUGAAUCUUGUCAUUUACCAUGCAGAGGUUUCAACCCAGAGAUGACUGUUGGUGUUUGAAAUUUCCUUCCGCUUUGCAGCUAAUUCGCUGCAACUUAUAUAUUAAAAAAAAGCUUUAAUGAUCAUACAUUUGGUAAGGGGUAAAUUAUUUAUUUUUGUACACAUUGAGGUUAAGCAGAUAUUUAUUAAUAAAUGUGAUCUAAAUGAGGACAGAUUGUGUGUUGCUGAUAUUUGCACAACCUGUAAAUUAGCUGUUCAUUUUGUGUGGAUUUUAAGAUUCUUCCAGCCCCUUUUUGAUGUAUUGUUAAUGCUUAACCUUUAUUUCAAUGUUUAGAUUUUUUGUAUUUUCCUCUUUGGAUGAUUAGAAAAAGGAAUGGAAGGGAUAAAUCCGAAUGUGCUACACAGUCCAGCUUACCCCUACAAUACACAAUUCUUGCCAGCAUAGCAGAAUUCUGCUAUACACCUUUAAAGGUGUAUUAAAUUGUUGAAAAGUCAUACAUUACAAAGCGCUAAAUUCUAAUCUGAAGCGUUUUCACAAAGAUGAGCCAUUCAAUUUUAAGUCAUUACAAUGAUUUAAAAUGAAGACAUGUUAAUAUUCUGAAUAUUUAUGAAGAAACUCCCAAGCCAUCAAGCAUUUCUAGCUUGUGCAAAGCAUGUAAAGGAAACAAUUAUGUAUAUUUGGUGUAUAGUAGAAAGCCCAUGCUGUAUGUUUCCAUGGGCUAUGCUUGCCUGCAAUACACAAACCUCAGAGUUUAAAACCUUCAAAAGAGAGCAUGAAAUUCUUGUGUUGUAUAUGUGUAGGACCAAUCAACUACAGUAAGCUUUGACUAGUAAAGGCUAUUUUAAAGAGAAGAGGGACAAUGGGAAAGUCAUGAAGGAUAUUGCAAACUUGCAGUACAGGCAUAGAGCCUAUAACUUUGGUUUACAAUUAUCAUGGUCAUGUGGAUCUGUAGUACUUUGGGACCAGAUAAAUUAUCAGUCUAAAAUGCAGGUUUUAGCAGGUCACCUGGGGCCCUGAUCUGAUCCUUGUGUAUUUGAACGUGCUACAUCAUGUAGUGUGAUUCAGCUACAGCAAAGAUCUCUGGCUCAAACGGUAACCUUUUGUUUAAGCAACAACAUUACAGCAAUUUGAAAAGUUUAUUGCUGAUUUAUUUUUAAAAAGCCAGUUUCCAUUUUUGUGAGCUCAGAACUCUAACUUGCUCCAGCUGGUUAUACAACCUUUUGCAGGUUGUCAUUAGUUUGCAAUUACAAUCAGUCUUACUCCUGUACCACAUUUGGCUGUCACGUGCUGCAAGCUGAGUUAUAAGGGAUUUUCCUCUGCUCCUAAUUUAUCUAUUUAUUUUGAAGAUUUGUGAAAAACGAGUAGCUUUAUUUGUAACUGUGUAAUCACUAAAUUUAGUCAAUGGAUUUAGAGCAUACAUUGUGCUCUGCCUUGUUCAAGUUUCUGAUCUAGAUAUUUGCACAAAUGUUUACAGGGGCAUUAAAUGCAGUGCUCUGUGGGAUGAGCAGGAUGUUCAUUCCAUUGAUUUGUAUGAAAACCUUGCUUAUUUCUUGUGAUGUCUUGCAUUCGGGUUAUGGAUUUUAUGUGGGAACCUGUGAGGCAAUCUUUCUAAUUGGACACAAAUUUGGAAUCUGCACUGUUAAUAUUUUUAUGGGGGUAAGUAUGGACAGGUGACAUGAAGUGUGGGAGUGAAGUGGUUUAUUGUUGCACAUGGUUGAGUUCCUUCUCAAGCAUGUUGUUGGAGUUAAUACAAUGGUGUUUUGCUGGGACCAUAGGGUGUUUCACAUUGAAGGCUUAUUUUCACUCUGUGAAUUUGUUGAUCAUGUGAGUACAGUUUUUUUUAUUGUACAAAUAUUAUAUUAAUAAAAACAGAUCAAUGGAGGUAGAUUGAGAAUACGAGAGUUCUGCCCCGACCUGUAAACUGUGACUUUUGGUCUGUUUUCAAAGCCUUACUGGCAUUAAAGUGCCUCCACAGAUCCUGAUGUGUAUAUGCUGACCCUGUUUCGGAGCUUUGCUGUAAGUCCCCUCCUUUUGGGACAGUGUCUCUAGAGAACAGAUACAAGUGUCACAUAAUGCUGCUGUUCAGCUCCAUCAUACUUCAUAUCUGAAUUAAAGUCAUUUUAGAACUUCACAAUAGAACCCAAGUUGCUGAUUUGCCCAAGCAGCCUGUUAUUCGUAUCUUAAAUUAUGAAUGCAAGUUGAGCAGAACCAAUGCAACCAAGGUUCUGUAUUUGGUGUUCCUGUUGUGUUGCAGAGCAAAAAUUAGUUUUAACCCAAUGGAUUUAUGUUCAAAUAAAAAAUCUACUAAUAAAGUUUAUUUCUAUGUGAAUAAA